AUACCGAGGUUCGAGACAGAGGGCGUGGCCCUAGUGGUGACGUUUCGUGUUUAUGUGAAAGCUAGCAGCGGUCGGUCUAUACAGUAACCUGCCAGACCUUCAAGCCGUGGACUGUAAACGUGUGCCAUAGCGUCACCCCUGCCUGGGUGCAAUGGUCUUCUGUUACACAUGAGCUCUACUAUGUGGUACAUCAUGCAAAGCAUUCAGAGUAAAUAUUCCCUGUCUGAGCGGCUCAUCCGAACAAUUGCAGCCAUUCGCUCAUUCCCGCACGACAAUGUGGAGGAUCUUAUCCGUAAGGGUGCUGAUGUGAAUCGGAUGCAUGGCACACUCAAACCCCUGCACUGUGCCUGUAUGGUUGCUGAUGCUGACUGUGUGGAGCUGCUGCUGGAGAAGGGGGCAGAGGUAAAUGCUUUGGAUGGCUAUAAUCGUACAGCACUGCACUAUGCAGCAGAGAAGGAUGAGAGCUGUGUGGAGCUGCUGUUGGAAUAUGGAGCCCAGCCAAAUGCCCUGGAUGGCAAUAAAGACACUCCUCUUCACUGGGCCGCCUUCAAAGAUAAUCCUGAGUGUGUAAGAGCCCUGCUGGAGAGCGGGGCCUGUCCCAAUGCCCGUGACUACAACAAUGACACACCUCUUAGCUGGGCAGCAAUGAAAGGCAACCUCGAGAGUGUCAAAGUGCUAUUAGACUAUGGAGCGCAGGUCCAUGUAACUAACCUGAAGGGCCAGACCCCUAUCUCCCGGCUGGUGGCCCUGUUGGCCCGAGGCCUGGGCACCGAACAAGAGGAAGAGUGUUUGGAGCUACUGUGUCGAGCAGCAGGGAGGUUUGAGAUUCGACGGGCCGACGGCACCCUUCCCAGGGAGCUGAGUAAAGAUCCCCAGCUGCUGGCGAGGCUGACCAACAUGGUGGCUCAGGCGCCCACGCUUCGCUCUCUGGCACGCUGUGCAGUACGGGAAAGUCUCGGAGUGCAAUUCCUCCCCACGGCUGUCAAAGAGCUUCCUUUACCAGAAACUAUCAAAGACUAUCUCCUGUUGAGAGACUGAAAAUGAAGCUGUUUUGGUGUCCUCAGACCUCACUGGCUCAUUAUUAAAGAGCUCAUCACACUGCAUUGCACACUGCAAGGAAGUGUCUCCAUGGAAUUAAAGAGUUGUCCAACCUUUCUGCAAUUUAUUACAAUAUAUGUGAUAGGAGGAAUAAUGAACUUAAUGUAUUUUUCUUUACAAAAAAAAUCUAAAUAAGCAGUGAGUGAAGUGCAGAUGAAUAUAUUUUAAUUUGUAGAAUCAAGUUGGCACCAGUGCAUUCUCCUCAUGCGUUGAGUAUCUCAAAGCCUGUUUUAAGGAAAUCUUUCUCACUUUCUUUGCAGAAAGAAAGUAUAACAUCGGGUUUAUUCAGCUCCAUCAUAGUAACGGUGUAUGUAUGUGCAUCCAAUCAUCCAGCUGUUUUGGUUCAUGAAUAGUCAGAAAUUAAAGUUAUCACCUUGCCUGCUAAAUUCACAGGAAGUAUGAAUGUUACUUUUUAAAAUGUAAAUAUAAUUUAAAAGAGUUUGCCACAGACAAUGAGGAAAGUCAUAAAUUAUAGAAAGAGUAUAUGCUCAUUAUACCUUUUUAGAGUGAAACAAACAGUUGAUGAAUGAGGACUCAUGUCCACUGGUGUAUGCUGUCCUGUAGUUGUAAUAGAGUGUGUUGUGUGAAGGUGGUUUAUAUGUUGGAGUUGGAGUGGUCAUCUUUCUCUCAGACACCCUGAAGAGCUCACGCUGCAGUCAUUUUUGAUAUACCAAUAGAAGUAAACGCAUCAGAUUUAAAGAAAACAAAGAGUGUGGGGGUUAACACAGCAAGAACGUCCUCGUUUUGAAUCCACUGGAUGGCUGGUGCAAAGUUUUCAUGUUCUCCCCAUGCCUGCGUGGGUUUUCUCUGGGUACUCUGGAUUACUCUGGGUUACUCCCACGCUCUGAAAACAUGCAUGUUAGGUUAACUGGAGAAUUGGCUGGGAGUGUUCGUUUUUCUCCGUGUUAGCCCUGUGACAGACUGGCGGCCUGUUGGGGGUGCACCGUUCUUUUUGUCCUGUGACUGCUGGGAUGGAUAGCCCCACCCCACCCAAAAAAAUGUGAGGCUCAAAAAUGGAUAAAUGAAUAGAAGAAAACACUUGAGCAGAUUAGAAAUUAUGCCAGAUGGCAGCAGUUUUAUUUAUGUCCAUACAGCAGAAGGUUGCUAACUAUUACUGGUUUCACAUGAUGUGCCAGGCACACUAACUUUCCCUCCAUAGUCUUUGGAAGUUAUUCUGCUCUGAUAGCAAGUCUGCAGUCAUGUGAUUUAGUAUUUAUUUGGUCUAUAUUUAAAAAAAUAAAAUAAAAAGUUGCAGUUCCAGUUGCCAAUAAGGAAUAAAGUUUUGUUUUUGUUUUUUAAUAUCAGUGGAUGUUUUCAGUCUUAACUUGCAAAAGUUUGUUUCAAGGGUGCUCGCUGGUCCAACAUUUUGCAGGAUAUUUGAAAGUGACUUUAUUUUAAAUUGUUACGUAUUAGGACCAUGAUAUGGCAUGAUGACUAAGUUUUUGUCUUCGAAGGAUUCACUAACUUGCAAUUUGUUAAAGCACUUGUCUACAAUCUGACAAUUUCUGUGCUUGAUUAUGUUUGCCUUUCUACAGAUGUGUAAAAGUUAACCUCUAGAUCAUGUCUCGUGUACACCAGCAAAGGUGCUUUUUUCUUCUUUGUAAACAUACUGCAAGUAAAUGCCUUUAUAUUCCAGCUCACUCUUUUCUCUCUGCUCUUCACAAAAAUCACACAUUGAUAGCUCAUAUAUAUAUAUCAAGUCACAAUUAAUUACAUCUAAUAGAGAAUACUUAAUGUCUAUACCUGUUAUUGACAGCACUGUGAUAGUUUUACAAUAUGCAUAUACAACACAGGUUAUAUCUAAUAACAAACUGUUACAGUAAGCACUGUCAUUGAUGACCGAACAGUCACAGUGACAGCAUUUUAAAACACAAGCCAUGAUUGUUUUGUUUUUUUAAACUUUGUUCCUGCUUCUGGCAUGUCAAAUAUCUUUCAUUAAAGAGACCAUAUACCGAGUGCAA